GAAAAUCUAAUGAUGAUUUGCAAGCACACAAGUUAUCAAUAUAUAUAUAUAUUUUUAUUAUUUGUUUAUUUUUAAACUAUCAUCUGAGACUAGUAGGCAAAAUAUUUUAGCAAUAUUUUUUGCAGUCUAUUCUUGUUAGCAAAAUCUCAUUCAUGCACUUUGUUGGUGAUAGACUGCCAAAUUGUUAUUGGAAUUUACUGUGCUCUAGUACAUCAUGUUCAUACAUCAUUAUUGUCAUCUAACAGCUGUUAGUUAAAGGGAUCCAAUUGUGUUUUACAUUUUCAACUUCCUAUUUUGCAUAAUGGCGCUGUCUGUGUAUGAAAAAGAUCUGCAAUGGUCCAAAGCACAAAGUCCACUCAAAAGGGAGUUAAUUCUCAAUCAGUAAGCAAAAGUUUUCUUCUAGGAAUAUACACAUUACAAGUAAUUCCUGAUAAAGGCAUAUGCAAUCAAUCAAUCGGUCAAUCAUUUUGGGGAUAGGGAAUGCUAGUGUUAGAGGGUCUUUUUUAAAUAAAUAAAAAGAAAAAAAAGAAGAUAGAAUAGAAAAUGUAUAGAGAAUGCUGAUGUCAGAGGCUAUCUUUCUUUUUUAAAAUCCGAUUCCAAAAAAGUUGGGACACUGUACAAAUUGCGAGUAAAAAAGGAAUGGAAUAAUUUACAAAUCUCAUAAACUUAUAUUUUAUUCACAAUAGAAUAUAGAUAACAUAUCAAAUGUUGAAAGUGAGACUUUUUGAAAUGUCAUGCCAAAUAUUGGCUCAUUUUGGAGUUCAAGAGAGCUACACAUUCAAAAAAAGUUGGGACAGGUAGCAAUAAGAGGCCGCAAAAGUUAAAUGUACAUUUAAGGAACAGCUGGACUUUGCAACUUAUUAGGUCAAUUGGCAACAUGAUUGGGUAAACGAAGAGCCUCUCAGAGUGGCAGUGUCUCUCAGAAGUCAAGAUGGGCUGAGGAUCACCAAUUUCCCCCAUGCUGCAACGAAAAAUAGUGGAGCAAGAUCAGAAAUGAGUUUCUCAGAGAAAAAUUGCAAAGAGUUUGAAGUUAUCAUUGAAGUUAUCGACAGUGCAUAAUAUCCAAGUUGUUAUCAGCACUCAGUUCAGAAGCCUGCAUCUCUGAUGGUAUGGGGUUGCAUAAAUGCGUGUGGCAUGGGCAGUUUACACAUCUGGAAAGGCACCAUCAAUGCUGAAAGGUAUAUCCAAGUUCUAGAACAACAUAUGCUCCCAUCCAGACGUUGUCUCUUUCAGGGAAGACCUUGCAUUUUCCAACAUGACAAUGCCAGACCACAUACUGCAUCAAUUACAACAUCAUGGCUAGAAGAAGGAUCUGGGUAUUGAAAUGGCCAGCCUGCAGUCCAGAACUUGCACCCAUUGAAAACAUGUGGCGCAUCAUGCGACAAAGAAGACCUAAGACAGUUAAGCAACUAAAAGCCUGUAUUAGACAAGAAUGGGACAACAUUCCUAUUCCUAAACUUGAGCAACUUGUCUCCUCAGUCCCCAGACGUUUGUAGACUGUUAUAAAAGGAAGAGGGGAUGCCACACAGUGGUUAACAUGGCCUUUUGCCAACUUUUUUGAGAGGUGUUGAUGUCAUGAAAUUUAAAAUCAACUUAUUUCUCCCUUAAAAUGAUACAUUUUCUCAGUUGAAACAUUUGAUAUGUCAUCUAUAAUGAUGUUCCACAUCAUUGCAUUCUGUUUUUAUUCACAAUUUGGACAGUGUCCCAACUUUUUUGGAAUCAGGUUUGUAGUAAGUAUAAAAACAGAAUAGAUAAUGCAAGUAUUAGAGGAUCAAAAAAAGAUGGAAGAGAUGUUUUUAGCCAUUUCUUGAAGAUGGCUAAGAGCUCAUAUUGAGUUUGGCGGGUCAUUCUACCAGGAGGGAACAGUUAAUGUAAAGGUCUGUGAAAGUGAUUUUGUACCUUUUUGGGAUGGCACUAAUCACUUGCAUAACAUAAGCUUCUAGAGGGCACAUAAUCCUGAAGUGAGCGAGGAGUGGAGUGACUACAGACUGCGGGUGCCAAUAUUGGACAGUGUUAUUCCUGCUUCCUGUUUGCCGUGUUGAUGGUGAUCCAUGUAGCUUUGUUUUUCUGUAGAAUCUCUAUCUUACUAUCACUCUCUAUUGUUUAAAAUGAUAAAAUAUAACCUAAUCCCCACCAUAUUUAUGAUAUUAUCGAUCAAUAAAUCUGAUUAAUUUGAUUGUUUGCUUUUAUUCUAAAUAUGCAAGUGCAGCACACCUGCAGCACGUUAGCAUUUGUUAGCUUGUCAUUAGUGUUUCAUUCUGUUUUCUUUUCUCCUCUCAUCUCUAUGUCUUCGUUUCCUUUCUUUCUCACUCCGUAUUAUUUUACAAGUUCAUCAAACAACUGUGGUAAGAAUCAUUCAUCAAUCACGGUGAGUAAUAGCUUCUCCUGCUAUUGUUAUUUGCACUGCUUGCCACAUGUAUAUUUUAUCUCUCUCUGUCCGAGACGAGGGGUUCACACGUGAUAAAUGCAGGGAAUUAGUGAGGGCUCUAGAUACAGCUUUGGAUGUGACUAGCUCAGUGUGUCCUGUACCUUUUUCGGUUCUGGUAACAGUGCCUCUGCAGCAGGGCAACUGGUUGACUGUGAGGCGGCAUAGUCAAUGGUCAAAACUCUCCCUUUCCGAUCAAAACAUCAAACAGGUUCUCCCCACUCAGUGAAGCACCCAAUGAGAAACCUGAUGAAAGUGCUCUAGUUAUUAAAAUAUAGACACCAACCACCAUAGUCCAAUGUUUACCGAGAACCAGAGCACCUAACUUCUUGGCAAAUUUAUAAGUGCUGGCUAAUGCUAAACGUAAAUACAAUAAAAUUGUUAUUCACGCCGGUGCUAUUGAUGUUUGACUUCACCAGUCGGAUAUCACUAAAAAUAACAUUAAAGAGGUGUGUGAACUUGCAAGCAUGAUGUCAGACACUGUAAUAUGCUCUGUUCCCCUCAUUACUUCCUGUGGUGAUUUGAUACAUAGCAGAUUGUCAUCACUCAAUGACUGGAUGUCUAAGUGGUGCCCACAGAAUAACAUAGAUUUCAUAGUCAAUUGGACGAGCGUUUGGGGCAGACCUGACCUGUUGAAAAGAGCUAGCCACUAGCUGCUAGCAGCCUCCCGGCACAGAAGUCAGUUAAUUCUUAUCACUUAAAGACUCUUUCACCUCGAUAUCACUUUAUACAGACUGUGUCUGUUCCCCGAACUGAAAAAUACAAAAAACGUCCACCAAUUUAAGAGUAACAAUUUAAUUGAUGUUCAACAAUUAAAAAAAAAAAACAGAUGUAAUAUGGAUAAACAAAUGAUAAAGCUUGGCUUAUUGAAUAUCAGGUCCCUUUCUAUGAAAGCACUUUUUGUAAAUGAUAUGAUUACUGAUCAUAACCUAGAUGUGCUAUGUUUGACAGAAACCUGGCUAAAACCUGAUCAUUACAUUAUUUUAAAUGAGUCUUCUCCCCAAGAUUACUGUUAUAAACAUGUGCCACAUCCAAAAGUUAAAGAGGAGGUGUUGCUUCAAUUUAAAAAUGUUUUCAGUAUUUCUCAGAAGGUGGGCUUCAAGUAUAACUCAUUUGAAGUAAUGGUAUCAUAACAUUAUCCAGAGAAACAAGUAUUAAUGAUAAAUCCCCUGUGAUGUUUGUACUGGCUACUAAACAGGCCACCAGGGCACUAUACAGACUUUAGUAAAGAAUUUGCUAAUUUUACAUCCAAGUAAGUGGUGGCUGCAGAUAAAGUUUUAAUUGUUGGUGAUUUUAAUAUCCAUGUUGAUAAAGAAAAAGAUACAUUGGGAUCAGCAUUUAUAUACAUUCUGUUAGACGCCAUGUCUCAGGACCUACUCAUUGUCAAAAUCAUACUGUGAUGUUAAUGGUGUUGAAAUAAUGUAGCCAUGCGUUUAUAUCUCAGAUCAUUAUUUGGUUUUGUGCAAACUUUAUAUAGCUAAAACUGUAAAUUCUACUUCUUGUUAAAAGAAUGGUAGAAUCAACACUUCUACCACAUAAGACUGCUUUGUAAGUAAUCUUCCUGAUGUAUCCCCAUUUCUAGACCCCAAUGAACUAGUUAAUUACAGACCGAUCUCGAAUCUCCCUUUUCUAUCCAAGAUACUAGAAAAGGUGGUAUCCUCACAAUUAUAUUUCUUCUUAGAGAAAAUGGUAUAUAUGAGUAUUUCCAAUCAGAUUUUAGACCGUGUCAUAGUACUGAGACUGCUCUCCUUAGAGUUACAAAUGACCUGCUCUUAUCUUCUGAUUGUGGUUGUAUAUAGUGCUAUCAGAUCUUAGUGCUUCGUUCAACACUAUUGACCACAACAUUCUUUUGCAUAGACCAGAAAACCUUGUUGGCCUUAAUGGAAGUGCAUUAUCAUGGUUUAAAUCAUACUUGUAUGACCGUCAUCAAUUCUUUGCAGUGAAUGAAGAGGUAUUAUAUUGAUUACAAGUGCAGUAUGGAGUACCUCAAGGCUCAGUACUAGGGCCGCUACUCUUCAUGCUUUACAUGUUACCCUUGGGAGAUAUCAUAAGGAAACACGGUGUUAGCUUUCAGUGUUAUUCUGAUGAUACUCAGCUCUAUAUUUCUUCAUGGCCCGGUGAAACAUACGAAUUUGAAAAACUAACUGAAUGCAUAGUCGAUAUAAAAAACUGGAUGAGGAGUAAUUUCUUACUGCUAAAUUCUGAAAAAAAAACAGAGGUGUUAAUUAUAGGACCUAAAGAAUGAAUAGAAUAACCUAGAAUGCUGUCUAAGACUUGAUGGCUUUUCUGUCAAUUCUUAGUAAUCAGUUAGGAACCUAGGUGUGCUAUUUGAUCCCAAUCUUUGCUUAGAAAGCCACGUUUCUAGAAUUUGUAAAAAAAAUUUUUUCCAUCUAAAAAAAAUAUCUAAAUUACAGCCUAUGCUCUCAAUGACAAAUGCAGAAAUGUUAAUCCCUGCGUUUAUGACCUCAAGGUUACAUUAUUGUAAUGCUUUAUUGGGUGGUUGUUCUGCACGCUUAAUAAACAAACUACAGCUAGUCCAAAAUGCAGCAGCUAGAGUUCUUACUAGAACCAGGAAGUAUGACCAUAUUAGCCCGGUCCUGUCAACACUGCACUGGCUCCCUAUUAAACAUCAAAUAGAUUUUAAAAUAUUGCUUAUUACUUAUAAUGCCCUGAAUGGUUUAGCAUCUCAGUAUUUGAACAAGCUCUUGUUACAUUAUUGUUCACCGCAUAGGCUGCAUUCUCAAAACUUUGUCAAUUUGAUAAUACCUAUUAUAUCAAAGUCAACUGCAGGCAGCAGAUCCUUUUCUUAUUUAGCACCUAAACUCUGGAAUAACCUACCUAACAUUGUUCGGGAGACAGGCACACUCUUGUGGUUUAAAUAUAAAUUAAGGACCCAUCUCUUUAACCUGGCUUACACAUAAUACACUAAUACACUUCUAAUAUCCAUAUCCGUUAAAGGAUUUUUAGGCUGCAUUAAUUAGGUCAACCGGAACCGGGAACACUUCCCAUAACAUCCGAUCUACUUGCUACAUAAUUAGAAGAAUGGCAUCUACGCUAAUAUUAGUCUUUUUCUCUCUUAUUCCGAGGUCACCGUAGCCACCAGAUACAGUCUGUAUUCAGAUCAGAUGGUCACUCCAGUCACCCGGAUCCAGUACGUAACCAGCCUAGAGGGUGGAUCAGCACCUAGAAAGGGUCUCUACAGCCCUGAAAGACAGUGGAGACCAGGACAACUAGAUGAGCCCCAGAUAACAGAUCCCCUGUAAAGACUUGGUCUCAGACGACCACUGGGACAAGACCACAGGAUGAUUCUUCUGCACAAUCUGACUUUGCUGCAGCCUGGAAUUUAACUGCUGGUUUGGUCUGGCCAGAGGAGAACUGGCCCCCCGACUGAGCCUGGCUUCUCCCAAGAUGCAGACACUAUUUGCUUUUGAUGAAGAUGAAAUGGAGAUGAGAAACAAGGUGGUAGAGGAUCUAAAGACAGCCCUCCGGACUCAACCAAUGAGGUUUGUGACGCGCUUCAUCGAGUUGGAUGGCUUGACAUGUCUUCUGAACUUCCUGAAGAGCAUGGACUAUGAAACUUCAGAGAGCCGUAUACAUACAUCCAUCAUUGGCUGCAUAAAAGCCUUGAUGAACAACUCCCAAGGCCGUGCUCAUGUACUGGCCCACCCACAGAGCAUCAACACUAUCUCCCAGAGCCUUCGCCAGGACAACAUUAAGACCAAAGUGGCUGUGUUGGAGAUCCUGGGCGCUGUUUGCUUGGUGCCCGAUGGGCAUAAGAAAGUACUACAGGCAAUGAUACACUACCAGAAGUAUGCUGCAGAGAGGACCCGCUUCCAGUCUCUUUUGAAUGAGCUGGACAGAAACACAGGACACUACAGGGAGGAAGUGAAUCUGAAGACAGCCAUUAUGUCAUUCAUAAACGCUGUGCUGAAUGCUGGGAUUGGAGAGGACAGUCUAGAGUUUCGCCUUCAUCUUAGGUAUGAGUUUCUGAUGUUAGGAAUUCAGCCAGUCAUCGAGAAGCUGAGAGCACAUGAUAAUGCCACACUUGACAGACAUCUGGAUUUUUUUGAAAUAGUGCGCAAUGAGGAUGAGUUAGAACUGGCCAAACGCUUUGACAUUACACACGUAGACACCAAGAGUGCCGGCCAGAUGUUUGAGCUGAUCAAGAAGAAACUGUGCAACACAGAUGCUUACCCCCACCUUCUAUCUAUCUUACAGCACUGCCUCCAAAUGCCAUAUAAACGUGGUGCAGGCAGUAUACAGCAAUGGCAACUUUUAGACCGCAUCCUUCAGCAAAUUGUUCUGCAAGAUGAAAAGGGAGAAAAUCCAGAUGUUUCACCCCUGGACAACUUCAACGUUAAGAACAUCAUUAGAAUGCUUGUGAAUGAGAAUGAAGUCAAACAGUGGCAAGACCAAGCCGAGAAGUUCAGAAAAGAGCAUGUAGAUCUGAUGGCUCGGCUGGAAAGGAAAGCAAGGGAGUGUGACACCAAGACACAAGAGAAGGAGGAUAUGAUGAAGACACUCAACAAGAUGAAGGACAAACUACAGAAAGAAGGAGUGGAGUUGCGCUCUGCCAGGGAGCAAGUAUUAGACCUCUCCUCGCGAAUUAGCGACAUUUCAAGUGGUGGAGUUCAUUUACCCAUUCCCCCUCCGCUUCCUGGGAGCCCGAUGGCUCCACCUCCACCACCUAUGAUGAUGGAUAGCUUCCAUCCUCCUCCUCCACCUAUUGCUUUCUCCAGCCCACCCCCACCUCCUCCUCCACCUCCCCCGGGGGGUCCUCCACCCCCACCUGGGGCCCCACCCAUCUUUUCUGUGGUUCCACCUCCAGCUGGACCUGCUUCCUUUAGCUCCACAACCAGCCUGCACACAAAGAGCAUCCCCCAACCUUCACAACCACUCAAAUCCUUUAACUGGUCCAAACUGGGAGAGAACAAGAUCACUGGUACCAUCUGGUAUGAGAUUGAUGACAGAAGGGCCUUUAAAGUUCUUGACUUAAAGGACAUUGAGAAGAUGUUUUCAGCUUACCAGAGGCAGCAAGAGCUGCUCUCUAACCAAUCCUUCAAGCAGAAAGAAACAGGAUCAAUGGAUGACCUUUAUCUGAGUUCACGCAAAGUCAAAGAGCUGUCUGUUAUUGAUGGACGGAGGGCCCAAAACUGUAUCAUCCUGCUUUCCAAGUUAAAAAUGAGCAAUGAAGAAAUAAAGAGAGCCAUUCUAGAGAUGGAUGAGAGGGAAGAGUUGGCAAAAGACAUGUUAGAGCAGCUGUUGAAGUUUAUUCCUGAGAAAAGUGAUAUUGACCUUCUGGAGGAACACAAACAUGAGCUUGAGCGUAUGGCCCGGGCUGACCGCUUCCUGUUUGAGAUGAGCAGAAUCGACCACUAUCAACAGAGGCUCCAGUCUCUUUUCUUCAAAAAGAAGUUUGCAGAGCGCCUUGCAGAAAUCAAGCCAAAGGUUGAAGCUAUUCUGUGUGCGUCACGUGAGGUGAUGAGAAGUAAGUGCCUGACAAAGGUUCUGGAAGUGGUUUUGGCAUUCGGGAACUUCAUGAACAAAGGACAGAGGGGCAACGCAUAUGGUUUCAAAGUGUCCAGCCUCAACAAGAUCAUUGACACCAAGUCAAGUAUAGACAGAAACAUCACCAUGUUGCAUUACCUGAUAAUGAUCUUUGAGAAAAAUUACCCUGAUAUCCUCAAUAUUCAACAAGACUUGGCCACUGUACCAGAAGCUGCCAAAGUGAAUCUGGCUGAGCUGGAGAAGGAAGUGUUCGCCAUUAGGAGCGGCCUGAAAGCUCUGGAGGCGGAGUUACGAUACCAGCAGAGCCGAGCAUCUGACCGGGGAGACAAGUUUGUCCCAGUGGUCAGUGACUUCAUCACCGUUGCUAGCUUCAGCUUCUCUGAACUUGAGGAACUACUCGCUGAAGCCAAAAAUAAGUUUUCUAAGUCUUUGAAGCAUUUUGGAGAGGAGGAAGGUUGCAUGCAACCGGAUGAGUUCUUUGGAAUCUUUGACAUCUUUCUGCAGUCGUUCAGCGAGGCCCGACACGACCUGGAGAACAUGCAGCGACGCAAAGAGGAGGAAGAGAGGAGAAUGCGUAUGGAGGCCAUGCUAAAGGACCAGCGGGAACGAGAGAGAAGAGCAAAGAAAACUACCGGAGGCAGUGUGUCAGAGGAGGUGGGGGAGUUUGAUGAUCUCGUAUCAGCGCUUCGCUCAGGUGAAGUCUUCGACAAGGACUCUAAACUUAAACGCAACCGAAAGCGCUCUGUCAACCAACUGGUGGAUGGUGGAGGGCGUGAAAGACCAGUCACCAAGGUGAACUAUUGACCUCAGUGAAUACAGUCGAAAGGAGAUCGAGCUUUUUGUAUUCAGACUGACAGGGAACUCUCUUGAAAUGCCAUACACUGCCCGCUAAUUUCCCUUUUGCUCAGACCAGUAAUAACUGACAAGCUCAAAGAUAGACAGGCUCACUGUAAGAUAGUCUGUUUAUCUGCAGAUGUGAAGGAUGCCCUGCAGUCUCUCUCUACUUGUUUCUGCUUGUUCCUCCUUCUCGAUAUGUACAGUCACUCAUACUGAUCUAUUAAUGUUUUUUUUUUUUUUUUUUUUUUUUUCUUUGUGGUGAAAUGCACAACCUGAGUUCCAGUCUGGUGCUGCAAAGUCUCACAAUAAGUCAUAAGAUGUGGACAUCAUCUGAGUCCAUUCAUAUGGCUAUCCCUAUGGUUGUCCUUUCUCGGCCACCCAUUUCCAUGCUCUAAUUUUAGGAGAUUGAGAAACUUGUCCCUUUUUUGGAAAUCUGGUACCUCUAGUCUUCGGAUCCAACUGUGCUUUUCAAUUUAAAAGAUGCAGAUGGUGCUUUCUAAACUUGGAACUGAAGGGGGAAAAGAAAAUAUUGUUAAAUCCUGGAUGUUGGACUUACCACACAGGAAAUAUGACACUGUGGAUGCAGCCUUACAGGUUGUGAUACUCCUUGCCCAAGUGCCUCUACACAUUAACGGCAUUCCGAGGACUACCUCCUGUAGGGAGAUAUUGAUGAGAGACAAGAGCACUUUCACUAAGAGAUAAAGGGAAUAUGAAAACCCGAAGUCUAAAAAUAGAGUGUAUUUAAUGGCAGAAAUUAAUGAACCCGUUGUAUUGUUAUACUUCAUAUAACAAAUUGUCUCAUCUGUCAUACACAACUGCACUCUUUAUCCAAAUUCCCUGAAGUAGCUUUCUAGGAAGGAAGAGACCAUGAAAGUUUGUUUAAAGAAGCAGUUAUCUGUCAGGAAGUACUAUCAUGUGUCUUCUUUACUUCUUCAGGCUAACAUAUUGAACCUUUUGGACUUGAUUAUAAUAGAACAAAUUCUAAAUUCUUAAUUAUAAUAGAACAAAUAGUCUUGCUAUCUAACGAUCUUUCCAUCUUAAUGUGUAUAUCAAGAAACGCUAGGUACCCAGGUCUGAAAAAAGUUUGUAGAGAGAUCUACUGAAUUUUAGACUUUGUUCUCAUGGUCAAAAUUAUGUAAUCCUCUUUGGUUUUCUAAUAUUUUGUUCAUCAUUUUUAAAUAACAUGUAUAUUAAGUAGCUGUAGUUAGGACAAAGGAUGCAGAGGUACAUACAAUGACCAUGUAGUUGGCAUGGUGGUGCAGAGAAAAUGGUGUUAGAGACAGGAAAGAUGAGAGGCCUCUGGUAUGGAUAUAGACACAGAUAUGAAGGCAACAAGUGCAAACAUCUGAAAGGGAAUGUAGAGUCCAGUGAGAUGGUGAUUAUGGAUUGAACCAAUAAUAAAAAAAAUAAUAAUAAUGAUGAAUGCACUUUCAUGCGUAUGAAUGCAGUUUCUUCUGUCCACAUGGGGUCACAGUGGGAGUUCUGUAUGAGAUGAUUGUGUUUAUCUUUUAAGAAUUAAUAUGGACACACAUGGUGCGAAUGGUUAAUUUUUGUGAGUACAGCUCUGCCCCCUUCUGACCCUGCUUAAUACACAAGUAGGGUGUCUGUGAGAGAGCCGGCCCAUAUCUGGUCUGCAUGGAUUUCACGCCAGCCGGAUCCGGGCCAACACUGUGUUGCUGCCUGGGCUUCUGGUAUAUCCAUAUUUCUUUGUGCCAGUAAGGUAAUUUAUUAACAGUCCAAAAAAUAAGCAAGUUUUAACACUAAGCUUACAAGUGCCAAAACAACAGGCCAGUGCAGCCUUUCUCUCCCUUCUCACUUGCAUCAGCUGAUGUGUAAUUUUUUGUAAUGUGUAUAUAUAUAUAUCUAUCUAUAUAUAUAUAUAUAUAUAUAUAUAUAUAUAUAUAUAUAUAUAUAUAUAUACCAAAAAUAGUAAUUGCAGUCCUAUCUAUAUUAAGUCAAUUUUCUUAGGCUUGAGAUUGCUUAUAACAAGUUAGUAUUUCUGCACAACAGACAGUUAGUUCCAGGUUUGACCAGAUUGUGUUGUCUGGGACAUUAAAAAAAAUACAAUUAUUGCACAUUUAAAUCUGAGCAUUUAAAAAAAAAAUAUAUCUGCAGUUAGUUUGAUUGCACUUACCAAUGAUUCCUCAUAGAGGCUCUUAUUAGACUUUAUGCCAAAGUCCUAAUCUUGUGCUGCUUAAUUGGAGAACAUGCAGAAUUAGGAAUGGGGAUUUGCAUAAUGAACUGUUCUUUGUGCACCAAAUGAAUAUGACCUAACAGAAGUAAAGACAUACACUUUGUUAAACUAUUUUUAUAAUACUACAUUCAGUACAGAACUUACAUAUUUAAAUAUAUAUAUAAAAAAAAAAAAUAUAUAUAUAUAUAUAUAUAUACACAUAUAUAAAAUGCAAGUUGCCCCUUGCAAAUUAAAAUUGAGAUGUUUUGGGCUAUUUAUUUUCAUUUCCUUUACAUUUUUGUCAUUCUUGUCAUGAGAAGAGUGGUACUGCAAGUCGCUAGAAGUUACAUUGUUAACAUUAUUACACAGCUUUGGUGUUCUGCCUUUAAAGUUACACAAAGUAUAAAAAAUCGUCAGUAUUAUUAUUUGUAUUUUAUGUAUAUUUCGUCAUUGAUUGUCCAAAACAGAAAGGAAAAUAUGUAGCUAGUUGCUUGAUGCACUUUUUGUUUUCUUUGUAGGUCAGACUUUUUCCUGUAUUACAAAACUGAGCAGCCAAAGGCUAAAAAGAAAGAAAGAAAGUAUAUAUUUUUAGUUAAGAGAUCAGGCCUACAUAGAUAAGGUGUAAAUUUACCCAAUAAUCUGUGUCCCAUUGUUUUAUAAACCUGUCCUUUUCAGCUCUUUGAUUAUUGUGGAUUGAAUAUAGAUUUAUAUAGAUAUGAGCUGUAAUAUGAAUGGUAAAGAAAAUUGAUUAUCUUUGGUACAUUAUAUAUAAGACUGCAUCUGAAAACACCAUGCCAACUGCCUAAAUGUAAUCACUUGCUUUUAUAUUUUAUAUAUUUUUGAAAAAUAAUGUUUUGCCUCCUUUUUCUGCUUGGUCCAAUUGCACUUGAUGUUUUCCCUGUUGGCUGAAGUAGUGCACAGGUGUGGUUCUCUGAUAAUGUUGGUGUAUUAUUAUCUGUGACAUGAAACGCAUGACACUUUGUAUGUGUUCAUAGAAUGCUCCACCGAUGAUUUUGACAGGUUGUAUUUAUGCCAAGUGCCCCAUUUUAAAGGUUGAUUCGACAAGGGCCUCACAUAAUAAUGUAUAGUUCUAAAAUUAUUUUGUACACCAUCAUAGUCAUUUGAAAAAAAAAAAAAAGAGAAAAGAUGAAACUGAAGUUUGAGGAAUGGUGACAUUUUUCCCCUGUAAAUUGAAGCUCUAUUUAUUUGCCUUGCUUAGUUUGCUAUAUUUCAUAUGUAUACACAUCAUGAAAGAAAUGCUAUAUUGUGACUGAUAUUUGUCAGAUUGUUUGUAUGAGAAUGACAAGCCUUUGGUUUAAAUAUAUAUUUGUUGGUUUAUGGUCUGACUCUUAACCCCUCCACCUGACCCCCUUUCCAUGUGACAUUUUGUAGGGUAAAAAUAAACUUGUUUCACUGA